UUUUCGUUGUAUAGUCGCUUCUGUAAAAUAUUCUGCGAUGUCAUAUUGACUAAACUGAAGUGCGCUUGCACGGAACACAGAAAUAAGGCUUGUAAGAAAAUGAAGUAUUUUUGCGUUGGUCUCACAGUCUGCCUGUUCGGGAUUGUAGCGGAUGCUGACUCUUGGCUUCCGGCGUCGAGAAAUUUGAGACAGAUAUCGGAAAGAGACCGUGGUGGACAGUGCGGAAGAGCAAUGGUGAAAGGAAAGAACGCGUGCAAUCGUAGUCUUUCCGUCUUCCGAAGCCACUAUGGUUUCAAUGCAGCGACAAAAAAAUGCGAGAAGUACAAAAACUGCAGUCUUAUUGUCGGAAAAGAAUAUCAUCGUCGAAAAGACUGCUAUGAAGAAUGCGAUAGUGACUCAAAGUGUCUGGAUACGAUGUAUUCAGAGUACCAUGAACUUUACCCACCAGGCACUAAACCAAUGUGGUACUACUAUUAUGAUCCGGACUACGACGUUUGCGUGGAAAUAGAAACACUCCUUGAUGCUUCAGACUUUUGGCCGAAGGGAAAUGUUUUUAGGACUGAAUCAAGAUGCAAAAGGCAUUGCGCACCAAACCAUCGCACGAGAAAGAGUUAACGGCUUUCAUUGCUACCAGAAUGCGUGAAAAUAAUUCACUACACGGAAAACUUUUAGAGAAAAG